UUUUCCCGAGUGACUUUGAAUGAACGGGGUGAGAUGCAUGUGAUUUGAGUCGGGCUGGAAACCAGUCUUAUGAAUUCUUGGCGUUUCUUGACAUCAUUCUCGUAAGAGCUUACCAUAUGUGCUCCUAUGGUACUAGUCCAAUCAGAGUCUGUCCGUUUCUAUCCUAACUUAUUUUGUCGAUAAUAGCUACCCCUCCUCCUGCACCACCGCUACGGUAUCGCCACUACCACCACCACCACCACCUUCAUCACCUCACCCCUCGUCAUCGCUACCUCUACCAACAAGAACAACAAAAGCAGGUGAACGACAGGGAGAAAAAAAGAAAAAAAAGAAGAAAUGUCGGGAGAACCAACGGACUCCAUAAACGAGUUCUUCUACUCCCUAAAGACCUACUCCUUCGUCGUCGCCGACGCAAUCGAUAAACAAGCCGACUCGCUCGCCGGCACCAUCCGCGAUACCCUCUCGAAAUCGGAAUGGAUCCCCGAGUCCGCGCGUCCCACACCCAGACGUAUUCCCGUUCCCGAGAGAAUGUUCAACGCGGUCGGCUCCGGGGGAAGGGGCGGGUGGUUGGAUCGGAAUAAGUGGACUUUUGCGAUGGUUGCAGUUGGGGUUGCGGUGGUUGUGGGAGCUACUGGUUAUGGGUAUUCGAAGAGGAAGAAGGAUAAGAAGAAGAGGAGGGCUAAGAAGGCGGGGAAUGGAGGGAGGAGGGAGGUUGUUGGUAAUUGAUUCUCUUUCUGUGUUUUUUUUUUUUCCUUGGAAUAGGACUGAGAUCGGGAUGGUUGGCUGAUUAUGGGACCGUGGGGUGAUGUAGUGAUUGCUGGGGGGAGUCCACAUGAUCCAAUUUCCAAGAGUUUGGCUUUGGAUUUGGAAAGGAGGGGGUUUAUUGUCUAUGUUGUUGUUAAUAGCAUUGAGGAUGAGCAUGUUGUUGCAAAUGAAGGGAGGAGUGAUAUCAAACCGCUGAAUAUCGAUAUCCUUGAUGUGCGUUCUCUUGGUUUGUUGUGAUAAUGCUCGGUCUGCGCUAACUAAUUGACUUGUGACAGACCGAUAAUGCUCAAACGGCUGUGGAAAAAUUCACUACGUACCUAUCUACUCCGACACAUGCCUUUCCUGGAGCUCACCCUCAUAACCUCAACCUCGCUGGCGUGAUCCUGGUCCCAGAUUUAACCUACCCGACUGGCCCGGUGGAGACUACUCCAAUAGACCUUUGGUCCGAUGUUUUAAACGUCAAGAUCCUCUCGACGGUCGUCACGGCAAAGUCAUUCCUCCGGGUUCUCUGUGACUUCCACUCCCGCCUUCUCCUACUAACUCCAAACGUCAUAUCUCCUCUUUCUCCACCUUUUCAUGCUCCCGAGACAGUGACUGUAGCAGCUCUCGGCGGCCUCGCGACUUCCCUCCAUCGCGAGCUGGCACCACUGGGCGUCGAGGUCUGCCACUUCAAACUCGGAACCUUUGAUUGCAGCGCAAUGAUAGCCCGCCAGCAACAAGACCGCAUCAAUGCAGCCAGAGCGGAAAUCCUAUCCUGGGCUGCCCCUGCUCGUAUUGCUUAUGCGAGGAACUACAUUGCACUGUCUCAGAAGAGCGGAAAUAGCGGACCUGCCGGGAUCAAGGGGUCGAGUUUGAGAGAGUUGCAUCUUGCGGUGUUUGAUGCACUGACAGAUGAGAAGCCGAGAAGGGUUUGGAGAGUUGGGAGCGGGAGUAUGAUUUACGAGGCGCUUGGCAAAGUUAUGCCGGGCGGGCUGGUUUCGUGGAUGCUUGGCUCUGCGAGGAAGAAUGGGAAUGGGGGGAGGAAGGAGGAGGGGAUGAUUAUGGGACUUUGUGGGCUCGGAAGUGCUAGUGGAAGUGCCGGAACUAGUGAGGGGAGUGUGGAAUGGGAGAGGGUCUGAUGGUAGGAUGGAUCCAUGGGAUUAGCUAUGUGAGUGUAAAUGGAGUACGGAUAGAUUCCGUUGAAACAAUUCUCCACUCGAUAUAGCGGGGGGGCGGGCUUCUUUCUUGCUUUCUAUGUUGAUGUAUAUGUUUUCUCUCUCUCUCCACCAGAAUAGCCUAAUAAGCUGCUGUGGGCUGAAUCAUCUGGAAAAUUUUGUACGAGCCUACGAGAUUGAUUUCGUUCAGGUAACGUAGUUUUUUAUUUUCUUGUUUUAUAUAAUUGAAGUUCAAGUGUUUAUUAUCUU